UGGAACAUCGAACCAGUUAAGUUUGCUAUUGUGACUAAAAAUGGUGCGAAAUUUGAAGACUUAGACAUAGAAGGUUUGUUAGCAGUCAAAGAAAAUUUUGACAGAAGGUUCUCAAACCUUAAAGAAGGCAAAGCAUACAAACUUGUUAUACCUUAUGAACCAAAGAAAGCAGACGACUAUGAAUAUUAUGAGUCUAAGAUAGUUGAAGUUCAAGGUAAGUUGGGUAAAAAGAUUUUAGAGUCUAAGCCAGUGUUUGCUCCUAAAGAGGAAGAGAACAUUGACAUUGACCCAGAAAUGUUCUAA